AACCGACUCAUUUCUUGUCAUCAUCAAAAAAAAUAUCUUUUUCUAUUUGUUAAAAAAAUUAAUAAUCCAAGAUGUUCAGUCAAAUAUUUAUAUUAGAUUUAAAGGGAAAGGUUCUCAUAUCGCGGAACUAUCGAGGGGAGCUUGAUUCACAGGUCAUUGAUAAGUUUAUGCCACUUUUAAUGGAUAAAGAGGAAGAAGGCACACUUGGACCAAUUUUGCAGACACAGGAAUGCAAUUUCGCUUAUAUCAAGACCAAUAAUCUAUACAUUGUGUCAACAACCAAAAGAAAUGCUAACAUUGCACUUAUAUUCACUAUGUUGCAUAAGAUUGUUGAGGUGUUCACCGAGUACUUUAAGGAACUGGAAGAAGAAUCAAUCAGAGAUAAUUUUGUCAUCGUUUAUGAGCUUCUCGAUGAAUUGAUUGACUUUGGAUAUCCGCAAACAACGGAUAGUAAAAUUCUCCAAGAAUAUAUCACACAAGAAGGAUAUAAGUUGGAAGUUCAGGUACGAAUUCCAAUGGCUGUAACAAAUGCCGUUUCAUGGAGAUCCGAAGGAAUUAAAUACCGCAAAAAUGAAGUAUUUUUAGAUGUAAUUGAGAGUGUUAAUUUAUUAGCAAAUCAAAAUGGAACUGUUUUAAGAAGUGAAAUUGAAGGAACGAUUAAAAUGCGCGUCUACUUAUCAGGAAUGCCUGAGUUACGUCUCGGUCUUAACGAUAAAGUAUUAUUUGAAAGCACUGGUCGUGGCAAGUCAAAAUCUAUCGAGCUAGAAGAUGUAAAGUUCCAUCAAUGUGUUCGCUUAUCUCGUUUCGAAAAUGACAGGACUAUAAGCUUUAUACCGCCCGACGCAGAGUUUGAGUUAAUGACCUAUCGCAACAGUAAUCAAAUCAAGCCUUUAAUUUGGAUUGAGUCAGUCAUUGAGAGACACGCACAUAGUCGUGUUGAAUACAUGAUUAAGGCAAAAUCACAGUUCAAAAGACGUUCGACUGCCAAUAAUGUCGAAGUUAUCAUUCCAGUUCCAAUGGAUGCUGAUUCACCAAAAUUCAAGACAACGAUUGGAAGUGUAAAAUAUAAUCCCGAACAAAAUGCAGUUAUUUGGAAUAUCAAGUCAUUCGCUGGUGGUAAAGAAUACUUAAUGCGUGCUCAAUUCCAAUUGCCAUCCGUCCAAGCUGAAGAUGCUGAAGGAAAGCCACCGAUUCAGGUUCGAUUUGAGAUUCCAUACUUUACAGUCUCAGGAAUUCAAGUGAGAUAUCUUAAAAUUAUCGAAAAGAGCGGCUAUCAGGCACUUCCCUGGGUCAGAUAUAUUACGCAAAAUGGUGAUUAUCAGCUAAGGACAAAUUAAAAUGCUUAAUGUUGUUU